GAAAGAUGUUUUUAUAUAUACUAAUACCUUCACUUUGUUUAGGAUAAAGAUUUCUUUAAGCUGAUGAGACUUGUUAUGGUGUAAUAAUGGAUUGCGGAUCUUCAAGUACGAAAACAACAAUAUAUUCGUGGCCAUGCAGAACAAGUAAAAUUUACCCUCUAACUGACAUCACUCAAGAAGUAAUUAAUAUGGAAAUAUAAUUUAGUCAUAAUAACUAAAGACAAGUCCUGGUAUAUCUACAAACUAUCCAGAUGAAAUUGCUACCUAUUUUGCUCCGAUAUUUGAAUUCAUAAAUUCUAAAGUACCAGCUGCUCAAAAAUAAUUUACUCCAAUAUUCAUGGGAGCAACUGCUGGAAUGAGAUUAUUGGAUAUUAAUAAAUAAAAUGCACUCGUAGACGAGAUCAGGAAGUAACUAGGUAAGAGUGGUUAUUUGUUUGGAGAUGAAAAUUGGGCUCGAGUAAUAUCAGGUCAAGAUGAAGUAAUUCAAUAUUUUAAUAUAACGUAUAGGCCACAUAUCUUUGGUUAGGAAUUAAGUAUCUUUUAGGGAAUACUGAUGGAAACUUAAUUUCAAUAGAUUUAGGAGGUGCCUCAACUUAGAUUGCAUUUAAAAUGGAUUACACUUAAUAUGAAUCAGAUAUUGUAAAAUUAACAAUGAAUGAAGAAGAAAUAUAUUUAUAUGCAAUUUCCUAUCUUGGUUUUGGUAAUGAUUAAGCCAGAGAUGCAGUCCUUGUAAAAAGUCUUAGUGGAACCUAAGUGAUUAGUCCAUGUUAUCAUUAAGGUUAUACUGGAAGUUGGACUUAUUAAAAAAUUUAAUACUCUUUAUCAGGAAGUGGAAAUGUAGAAUAAUGCUAAGCUUUAAUCAAAUAAUACUUAAAUAGUUAAUGCAGAAUAGCAAGUGAUGAGUUAUGUGGUAUUAAUGCUAUUGAUUAACCAUAAAUACCAUCUUCAUACUAAAUUUAUGCAGUUAGUGGAGUUGCUACAAUUGCCAAUUUUCUUUAGCUUGAGAAAUUUAAGGUAUUCUUGAUAUGUAUUUUAAUAGUUACCUUAAUUUUUAAGUUAAGCUUAAGAAUUCUGUAAAUUGAGUUGGUCAUAAGUAUAGGCUAAUUCUACUUAUUCUUCAAAUCCCUAUGUUGCUACUAAUUUCUUUUUAUCACUCUAUGUUCAUUAAUUGUUAUCUAUUGGAUACAAUAUACCAGAUACUAUGUUACUAUAUUCAUUUAUUAUAGGGAUGUGAAUGCUCCUUUAGUAAUUAAUUCAUAAACACCAACUUGGGCUAUGGCUGCUGUUUAAUAUUAAUUAGCUUAAGUCGAUUGUGAUUUAGAUAGUACAGUUUGUGAAGGUUUAAUCUUAAACUUGAUAACAUUCUUAUUUGUGAUGCUAAUUUUUAUGUGAUUUAUG